GUUGUCUUAUAACCGUUAGGUUUCUGGUUCGAUCCCUAGCUCCUCCUAGCUAGUGUUGAUGUGUCCCUGAGCAAGACACUUAACCCUAACUGCUCCUGACGAGCUGGCUGUCGCCUUGCAUGGUUGACUCUGCCGUCGGUGUGUCAAUGUGUGUAUUAACCGAUCUAAGUCGCUUUGGAUAAAAUCGUCUGCUAUACUGUAUCAACAUAACAAUUACAAGAUAAGGUUCCUCUGCAGAGAAGAAGACCCUAGAGCCGUCGACCUCCAGGGAAUCACAGCAGGGCUGAGAGACCAGCCCCCCCCUCCCAGACAGAAGCCAGUUCACUGUACGUCGGGGCAGUUUUGAUGCACUGCUGAUUUUUACUCACUUUGGACAGUGCUUUAAGGAGAUUCAAACUUUUUAUGGAAUACUGUUUUUUCCCCAUUUUAUUUUAUUUUUAUAAUUUUUUAAUUGUUGUGAAAUAUUGUGUGUCUAUAGAACCACAACCAUGCCCGGAAGGAGGUGUCUCGGGAUCAAGAUCAUUGUGGUGAGCGUCCUAGCGUUCACCACGCUGCUGUUCAUCUACCCCUUCCCGGACACCAAGCUGCUCUUCAAGCAGGCUUCCCGCCUGCUAGAGGGGCCCUCGCCCUCGGAUCUGUGCGGGUGUCCGGCCCAAUGUGUGGCCGAGACACAGGGCCACCAAUGGUUCUCUGAGCGCUUCAACAGAUCUGUUUACCCUCUCCUGACCAAGGAGAACUACACGCUGCCUAAGGAUGCCUUCAACUGGUGGAUGAGGCUGCAGUCGUCGCGCAGCGGCACCAACUUCAGCCAUGUGAUGAAGGAAGUGUUCUCCAUGUUCCCGGGCGAGUCUCUGUACCGGGACGCAGGCCCCGACCGCUGCCGCAGCUGUGCUGUGGUCGGCAACUCGGGGAACCUCAAGGGCUCUUAUUAUGGAAGGAUGAUCGACUCCAACGACCUUGUCAUAAGAAUGAACCAGGGUCCUACCCAGGGGUUUGAAGACGACGUUGGGGCCCGUACCACCCACCACCUUAUGUAUCCCGAGAGUGCCAAGAACUUGGACCCCGAAACCAGUCUUGUGCUGAUCCCAUUCAAGAUCCUUGACCUGCAGUGGCUCCUGAGUGCCUUCACCACUGGCCAUAUUAAACAAACAUAUCGACGUGUCCUGCCGACGAUACAGGCAGAUAGAGCGAAGGUGCAGAUUUACAGUCCGGUGUUCAUGAGGUACGCCUAUGACAACUGGUUGGCCAAACACGGACGCUAUCCCUCCACCGGCUUCUUCAGCUUGAUGUUUGCACUGCACAUAUGUGAUGAGGUGAGCGUGUUCGGAUACGGGGCGGACAAACGCGGGAACUGGGACCACUAUUGGGAGCACAACGCCGGGGCCGGCCAGUAUAGGUCUGUGCACGGCGGUGACUACGAGUACAACAUCACGCGGUACCUGGCCACCACGAACAAAAUCAAAAUGUAUGUUGGCACCUGAUGCCAUGUCAGGAUAGGAUAGCCCCCCCCCCCCACCAAAAAAGGGCUUAAUAGGGCAUAUAUUUAUGACACGCUCCUGACCCUAGCCCCCCUGAGGAAAAGAAAAAACUCCCUUAGCGAGCAAGCAAGAAAACUUGAGAAGGAACGAGAAUGGGGGAUCCCCACUUCCAGGGAAGGUUAGGAGGGCAAUGGGUGCCAUAAUUGUGAGAAAAAUCUAGGAAUCUAGGAGUUCAGUUGUAGUCACUGCAAUAUGGCAGGCAUCCACAACACACUAAAACAGUCAGAAUAAUGAAUUAGAAGGGGAAAGUGCAUCCAAAAAAUGUAGACCACUGCUAAUUUGAUGACUACACAAACAAACAAGAACAAACAUGAAUGGACGCAAUCAGAACACUGACAGACUUCAUUCACGCAUUGGGCUUCAGUGCCGGCAUCAGUAUCGUUUGACACGCCUAUGUUACAAACGAAAGACACAGGGGCGUAGCCACCAUUGGUCAGAGGAUGGCCACCCCGCUGUCCCCGCGAGCCUGGAAGAAAAUAAAUCCUGAAAAGAAUUUCAGGAUUUCAGGUUUAGGGUUUGUGGUCAUUCUACUUUUUCUACAUGGACUCUUGUGAAUUGGGACCUAUUUUAUUGGUCCCAAUUUACUGGUAUGUUGUUUUUUUAUGUUUUUGACUUGCCUUAGGACAACGGCCGAAAUUAGCAACUAAGCUAACUCCGGCAUAUUUAUAUUGAUGCUCUGGCUGACAUGUUGAUUAAUGUGCAAUGUCCUAAUCAAAUAAAUAAAUAAUAAUAAAAUAAAAUAAAGAAAGCUGAAAUAUAUGCAUUAUUAUUUUGAUCUAAUUUUGACUUAUUAUUUUUAUUUAAAGUCUUAUAUUUUCAUAUUAUAAAUAAAUAUUGCACUUGAAAUGCUACGGUUUAAUUGAAUAAAUUAUUGCCUAAAAUGACAAUUACAUUUCUUUCUGUCAAUUGCACUAAAAACAUUCUCAUGUUAUGUUAAGGUCCCGAACCCCCUCAGAUAAUCAUGACACAUCGCACAACAUCUAAGCACCCAUUCCAAUAUCAUGGGAUCAUCAAUAAGACAUCAUUAUUCUAUACUUCGUUUAAGAAUGCUUGAUUCUGAUUAGCUGGGAGGAGGGCAAUAACCCGGCAGGUUGCCCGCUGACUUGUCGGUUGUACUUGCUGCUGACUGAGCACAGCGUCAUCAAAUAGUAGAUCAAUACGCUGCUUGUAUUUUUUGGAAUAUUCUAUUCUGAUUGGCUGCAGGGUGUGCAUUAAUCCCUGAUAUAUGGACACCUGCUAACUAGUUCCAGUCUAAUUAUCUGUUGAGCCUUCAAAAAGAGAGCUGGUCAAUGGUGAAAAAUGCAUUAAACUGUAAUCAGAAGACGCGGUUAUUUGUGGUAUAAAGGCUGGAACUAAUUCC